UGUGAUGUCCGAUAAUAAAGAAAACGAAAAGGAAAAUCGACGUGCUCUUUGAUUCAUUUUCUCACUCAAGACAGGUAGUAAUUCCACAACAGUACAUUCCCUGACGGGCUGAGCGCCAUAAAUAGCUGUCUUUUAAAUUGAAGUUUGGCGUGACUUUGUCUCCGUACAGAGCAGGAGGCUCGGAGCAGCAGCCUGUACCAAGAGGAGGGGACACCCAGUGUGCCCAUGAAGAGUGUUGAUAAAAUGCACUGCUAGUUGUGACUUGUAAUGUUUCCACAUAGGGCUAAUGUUGACCAAUGCGUACGCAACGUGAGCUUGGUGGCCGACGAGGCUGCAGAAGGAACCGACGGAUCUGAAGUAAACCUGAAAAUCAACGGCGUGUGGGAUGUGCCAUGUUUCGUAGCCUGACAUGAGAAUGAAACCCAGUCGCAACUUCCUCCUGGGCCUGUGCUCUAUGCUUGUCCUGGGAUUCCUCUACUACUCGUCAGCGAGAAUCAGCUUACGGGGCUACAGUUCAUUAUAUGACAAGCAAGGGUUCCUACGGAAGCUGGAUAGUAGUCUGCCGUUGGAGCUGAUGUACAAGUAUGGCAAUCUCAGUGAAGGAUCCUGUAAGCCUGGUUUUGCAGCUGCCAAGAUGACAGCCAUUUAUCCAAAGUUCACAAAACUGGUACCCAUGUUCCUUGAUCCAAAUUACAAACGAUUCUCCAAGAUUGGUGAUUUUUCGCCUCCAUUUGGAGUAAAAUCACAAGAGAAUAUCAUACAUACUCUUCUGUCAGCUACCAAGAGCUAUGGGCUUGGGGAAGAACUGGACAGUAUGAACUGUAAGACAUGCAUAAUCGUAGGGAAUGGAGGAAUACUGUCCAACAAGUCCCUGGGACAGAGGAUUGAUGAUUUUGAUGUUGUGGUCAGGUUAAAUGAAGCCCCAGUGACAGGUUUUGAAAAAGAUGUCGGCUCCAAGACCACCAUGAGGAUCACCUAUCCAGAGGGGGCCAUUCAGAGCAUAGAACGCUACGAAGCUCAGUCCCUGUUUGUCCUCUCUGCCUUUAAAGCUCUGGACUUCAAGUGGCUCCGAGACAUGAUCUUCAACCAGAAGCUGCACAGCACUAACGGGUUCUGGAAGUCAGUGGCCAGGCACGUUCCAAGGGACCCCAGCGAGAUGCGCAUCCUGAACCCCUACUUCAUUCAGGAGGCCUCCUUCAAGCUAAUUGGUUUACCUCACAACAAUGGACAGAUGGGAAGAGGGAAUAUCCCAACCCUGGGUUCCGUUGCCAUAACGAUGGCCCUUCAUAACUGUGAUGAAGUAGCUGUGGCUGGAUUUGGCUACAACAUAAGUACCCCCAAUGCCCCUCUGCACUACUAUGAGAACAUCAGGAUGUCGGCCAUCAAAGAGUCCUGGACUCACAACAUUUCCAAAGAAAAGGAGUUCCUGGUGAAGCUGGUGAAGGCUGGAGUUAUUCAGGACUGGACCAACGGAAUCUGUGGUGCAGGAUGCUGAUGGGUUGCACAGUUUUUUGACUUCUGGAUGCAGGACUGUGCUCACCUCCACCUGCUCCAGCACCUGAAGAGGAAAACUUGAGGCCCCGGAGGCAGCAGCAGCUGUCACACACUGGUUUGUUCAGAAAGACGUGUGUAUAUGAGUCUUAUUGACCAGAACACACUGCUCUUCGUUGCAUAUUAAGAUAUUGCAAGCAAUUGGCCUCUGUAUUUAGCUUUUCCUUGUUGCAGGUUAGUUUGUGUUUACAUGGAUUUGGUGCACUGGCUCAGAGGGACAUCUGCAGUGUUGGGAAUCAAACCAUCACCUAGACCAGACUCCCAGUUUCUGUGUUAAAUAGGCUCCCUCCAUGACAUAACUCGAGCCUCUGACCUCUGUGGCAAUCAUCAGAACUUUUGGUGGUCAGAGUUGAGUCAGAGUCAGUAUGAGGAGAAGGAGAACACAAGCUAAUGAGAGCUGCAUCAACAUCAAUAUUACACUCAAAUGCAAAGUCCGGCCGGAUUACACUGACAGAUGCAGAAGAGUCACAUUAUGUGUGUUCUUUACGAGAAAGCACUGCAAUACCUCGAGACUUCCUCCAAUGUCCACUGGAUGUGGCUAAGUUGCAUUUAGCUUCCAAUGUGGCCAGAACAGCUUUAAUUUGUGAAUAUACAUAUAGCCUAUAAAUGGCUACAUUUAUUGGCAAUUACUUAAAGUAAUAUUUAAAACAUAAUGCAUUUCAUUUGCGACUGAGGAAAAAUGUGUAAUCCUUGUGAUUUGAUGUUUUUCUUCUUUAAUUUUAUAAUGGCUAUGUUAACAUGGAUGAAACAGUUUAUUUCAGAUUUUCAGAUAUUUUUUUCUUUUCUUUCUGAUUUUUUCUUCAAUUGUCAUUUUUAUGCACCUUCACCAAUCAUAGGAUUGCCCUCUUCCGUCUCCCACUCUGUCUGGGACUCGCUGUCCUCUGGGGCUUCUCUCCAAAUCUUUCUCGGCCUUCCUCAUAGAGGAUGUGGCCGGAGAUGUUGAGUUUGGCGGUAAUGCUGCCUCUUAGUGUGUUCUGAAGGGUGGUGUGCAGACUUGUGUUGAAGCUUUCCAAUGCGUCCUUGUCGCUAGUUUUCGGGCCAGUUCACUUUGAAUUUACGGGAUGGUUUCCUCAUUUGUCAGCCAUAGCUUGUCACUAGCACAUGUUUUGCUAGUUUUGGAUCACAGUCACAUCAUCUAUGCAUUUGUUCAUAAAUUCAAUGGCAGCUUCUGUGUAUUCCUGAAAGUCUACACAGUCCCCUGAUGUAGCUGCAUCCCUGAAAAUGCUUCACUGUGUGCACUCAAAACAGUCCUGCAAGGAUGAAAUAGCCUCCUGAGGCCACACCCUGAUGUCCUUCAGUGCUGGUGGCUCUUGUUUUACUCUGGGCCUGUAUGCAGGUGUCAGCAUGAUAGUCAGGUGAUCAGAGUUACUAAUAUGGGAUUUAUAUGCAUUUUUGAUGUUCCCAUAGAUGUUCACAUUUCACAUGCUGGUAGAACUUGGGUAACAGACUUAGGCCAUGCCUUGUUAAAAUCCCCUGCAAUAAUAUAGUUUGCAGCACGCUGAUGGCAUUGUAUAGUUCAAUUCAAUUCAUAAUCGUAAGCAGCCUUACUGCUUUUUUUCAGUUUUAGAUCUCUGCAGCGGUUUCUAAUGUCUAUUAGAGACUCUCAACCGUAGAUACGUCUUUGCAUAUCAACUUUGAUAGACAUGUGAUUAUCCAGUUUAUUUCAGACACCAAAUGUAUUAUUUACAUUGGAAAUUGUUUAGGCCCCCAAAGAAGAGUUAUUCAGAAUGAUUCAAACUUCAACUUAGUUGAUCUCUGCACAGUGUUGCAUGAUAGGGAAGAAUACUGGUGGAUCUUGAAUUUCGGAUUUUGUUUUUCCUUUAUAUAUUUUUUAUUGGAAAUUAGCAUUCAUAAGCAUCAGUACAAGACAUAACUUAUUCCACAGCUGUUUUCCACAUUUUGUUUUAAAGGGUACAUUAGAACAAAGAACCACAAAAGAAAAAUAAAUACAAAACAAAACAAAAAACAUAGUAUUAUAAUAAUAUAUAAUAAUAUAUAGGGAACGGAUUUUGUUUUUCAGUCCAGAAUAGAUUGAGUGACCCUAAAUAUUUUGGAAAAAGUUCUACAGCUACCUCACUGUCAACUCACACUAAUUAAGCUGUUGUGGCAGUAAAUUACAAACUUUUGAACAGUUUUGAUCAGACAGUAAAAAACAAUAUUGAAAUGUGUCCGCUAAAGAACAAACACUUCCAGAGAACAUCUGAACCAUAAUGGAGACACAAAGUUGUGCUUUAACUCUGUGGCAAGCUGCAUCCAGUGGACAUGACGGGAUCCCUUACUGAGUCUUUGAAGUCAGUUUUUUAGGGUAUGACCUGUAUUUUGGGUCAUACUAUUUAUUGUCACUGAUUUGUAGGUCAGACAGACGCUCCAGCCUCUGGGUUAUCCUACAGUAUUUAAAAUAAAUAAUCAGAUUUUCUUCCUGUAUAAUCAGUUGGUUUUGUCAUGAAUCAUAUCACACUAAAGUAUAUAAAUCUCAGCCGUGCCUAUCCGUCAUACGAGGAUGGUGUUGAUUGAUUGUUGGUGAUUUGACAAUAGUCUUUUUACUUCUUUAUUGCUGGCAUAAAAGUAAAUCUCCAGCUGUUAGCAACACGUCCUUCAGCUCAAAUAGCUGUAUCUUGACCGAGACCUUUCAGGGUAAACCCCAAACAUUAAGUCAGUUGUGAUACAAAUGACUCAAUUCACUAUGGUCAUCAAUAGAAAAAUAUAUGUGCAAUUUUAAUUUAAAAUGGAAUCAUUAAAAUGUUAAGACAUUUUUUCGCAAGAACAAGUAAAAUAUUUUAUCUAUAUCUUUAUGACAAAAAAGUGGUGAUACAAUAAAGCAAAAUGAUUGAAAUGUUUAUGAAGAAUAAAGUCUUAAGCGCGUUGGCUAGAGCUCAAGGCUUCACAUUAUGUUUUGGUGAGUAGCAAUGAAUAGCUCACCUGGAUCAGAUAAAUCACAAUCAAAGAACAGGGUCCAGCUCUGAGUUGGACUGUAUUGGAUGAUUUGCUGCCUAAAAUGUGUUUUUGGUUGAUUGAAUGAUUGUUUUUGCAUUGAUGUGGAUUAACUGGAAGGUUUGUGCCGAUACUGGCUCUAAAUACCCAGCCUUUCAUUAUCUAAAGACGUAAAAACGUCUCUAUCUCAGGCCAUAAACAGUGUUACUAUGAAAGAUAUAUAUUCUACAAAUAUCAUCUGUAUUGUGAAGUCUGUUUGUGUUUGUGUUACUUUAUAAACCCUGGCCUGCAAAGGUUGUGCUCACCUCACUGUGGGUGUGUUGACUUGAUGCUGGUCAGAUGCUCAAGCCAAAGUAAUCAUGUAUUUAUUGUAAGCUAUGCACAAGAAUGCAUUCACAAAUAAAAAUAUAGGGAUGCUGUACUUUUGUGUCAUUUUUGAAUACGAGGCAAUGCAACAUAAGAAUGUUGUUUUCGAGAAAAAGAAGACAUUUUAAAAUCAUUUUAGAUAUACUUCUUUUCUUUUUUUAAUUUACUUGCAAGUAUGUCAAUAUGAAAUUGAAAUGAGUUUGUGAUCUAACCAGAUGAUAUUUAUAUUCUGAAACUCUUUAUACUGUUAAAGUGAUGAUAUGUAGACCAUCAUCUGCAAUAUGUCUGACUCUUGAAAAUAUUGUGCAUUUGGUCUUAUCUGAAUUAAGAACUAAUUUCAGAUUGAGAAGAGAAUGUUGUAGUUUGUUGAAGGUUUGCUGGAGGAUUUCAGUUUAUUUUCAUUAUGUGUGGGAUUUUAGUACAACCCUGUCACAACCAGCAUCUAAACCUGAUCCAACAUGAACCUUAAAUUAAUGAGCUGCUCUUGCCUUAGGCAAUAUGAGCCUUCUUACUGUAUAGUAGCUCUGUACCAAAUCAUUGGCUUUUUCAUUUAUGUAAGUGAAGGUACUGUGACAGGGAGGAAACAU